CUGGUGUUCAACAAUUUCUCCUACUUUAUAACGUUAAUUUAGGUUUAAGUUGCUCAAUUACUCAGUAUUUUAAUAGUUUUCCCUUAUCUCUAGGGAAUGUUCAGUCUUAAGUUUAGGCCCCUGGUGGUGAAUCACUGGCAAGGUCACCAAAGUCAAACGCCAACAAAAGGGUGUGUGUCAUCUUUAAAUUUUGUCAAUUCUUUUCCGCGUUUUAACCUGCCUAAUUAAUUUAUUCAGCUUUCCUUCUAAUAAUGUAGCUUUAACUCACUUUAACCAGUUUUGUUCAAAAAUUCCGCUUUCCUUCAGUUGAAUUUUGUUGCCACUCAAGAUGAGUCUCCGAGAUCUGUUUAGAAGAAAAAAGACCAGAGAAGAACCCACCGCUGCUAUUAUCGGUACCCCCACAAAUGUGAAUCAUGACAUCCAUGUUAGUGUGACUGAAGAUGGGAGUCUGGAAGGAUUGCCAGUCUCCUGGAUUCGUCAGAUUGGCACCCAAAUCACUAAAGCCGAACAGAAUCAGAAUCCAGAGGUUGUCAAGAAGGUUCUUCAGUUUUACAAUUUUUCCGUGAAGAAACAUGGGGUGCAAGGACAGGAAAUUAAGCAUAUCUUCACGGAGAGGGACAUUGCUGAGGAGUCAAAGGAAAUGGACUUGUACAUGAAGUCCAAAGAUGCCCACAAGAGCAAAGAAUCCAAUAUAUCUUCAGAUGGCUCACAGAAUUCCCUCAUACACUUGGAGAAUUCUAGAACAACGUUACCUCCAGUAGUUGCAAAUAAUGAUCAGAAUAACCUGCUGCAAACCAGAAAUCUAGCGCAGAGCCUGGAAAAUCUGGCAGUUGAUUCCGAAGAAAUUGAAUAUCGAAAACCAAGUAUUACAGAGGAGGACUGGUAUAGAAGAAGGUCUGGAAUAACCGAUAGUGACUACAUGCGGGAAAUUCGAAAAAUCUGCAACCCGGGCGAUCCCUACGAUUUCUAUGAGAAAACCUUGAAAGAUUUGGGUUCUGGAGCUUCAGGAAUGGUGUUCGCUGCCACUGAUAAGAAAACAGGAGACUUAGUUGCCAUAAAAGACAUCGAUAUGACCAAGCAGGCCAAAAAAGACCUGCUCCUGAGUGAAAUUAAAAUCAUGAAAGAUUUUAAGCACAAAAAUUUAGUCAAUUUCUUAGACGCUUUUGUGGUUAAUUAUGAUCACUUGUGGGUUGUGAUGGAGCUACUAGAUGGAGGCCCACUCACCGAUGUUGUUACCGAAACUGUUAUGAAGGAGGGACAGAUUGCUGCUGUUUGUUUUGAGGUUUUACAAGCUAUCAAUUACCUUCACAACCAAGGGACAAUACACAGGGAUAUUAAGUCGGACAAUGUGCUUUUGGGCAUGGAUGGCACAGUGAAAGUUACGGAUUUUGGGUUUUGUGCCAACGUUAUCGGAAAUGAGCAAAGGGAGACAAUGGUGGGCACUCCAUACUGGAUGGCUCCUGAGGUGGUGACAAGACAGAAAUAUGGUAGGAAAGUGGAUAUUUGGAGCCUGGGAAUCAUGAUUGUCGAAAUGUUAGAUGGCGAACCGCCUUACUUGAGAGAGCCACCAAUUAGGGCACUUUAUUUAAUUACAGCAAAUGGAAGACCAAAAAUUGCUCGUUGGGAUGUGUGUUCGCCUAAACUGCAAGAUUUUAUUGAUCAAUGUUUGCAAGUUGAAGUUGAUAAUCGAGCAACUGCUCAUGAGCUACUACAACACGAGUUCCUUCAGGAGCGAAUGGAACUGCGAAGUUUAACACCCCUGAUACGAGCUGCUAAAAGGCUUUUACACAAAAAUUGAAGUAUCUAUUCGUGAUUUUACCUGCCUACAAUUCGUUUUGUUGAAUCAAUCGCCUUCACUGUUGCCUCAAAUCAAUAUUGUUACUGUUUUCUAGUGACAAAAAAAUCCAUAUUUUAUAUUUCACUCUUCGAAUUGUCACCAUGGUUAAGUAAUCGGAUCGGCCGAUUUCUUAUUGGUUUAUAAUGAAGCAAUAUUAGGUUUAAGAUAGAAAGACAAUUAAUGGGUCCAAAACUAUUGCAUUUAAAUACUUAAGGCAAGACUGAUGAAAUUGAAUGAAGUGAAAAACAAUAUUUUUUAAAUAAUUUUACAAUAUUUUUACCGCAAUAUAUGUAUAUGUAUAUAUCUAUUUUUUAUCGUUGACAUAUUCUAUAAAAGUAUGUCGGUUGAAAGUCCAAAUACUACGCAAUAAUUCAGUGUUGUGUAAGAUUUUUUUAGCGCCAAUUGCGUCUCGAUGGAGCUUGAAAGUGGAUUUUCAUUGGGUCGCUAUUAGCGCAUUUUUCAGAUACUUUUUAAUUCUGGUUUUGUGUGAUUGCAAUUGUUUUUAUGAUUAGCCAUGGAAUAUAAUUUAAACCAACCGAACACGAAAA